GUUUGUAUUGCAGUGUGGAAGAAUCAUCACAUGCGAACAGUCACCAACUAUUUCAUAGUGAAUCUAUCUCUGGCUGACAUUCUGGUCACAAUUACUUGUCUUCCAGCAACUUUAGUGGUGGACAUCACAGAAACUUGGUUCUUCGGGCAGCACCUCUGCAAAGCAAUUCCCUACUUACAGACAGUUUCAGUCUCUGUGUCUGUACUAACACUUAGCUGCAUUGCUUUGGAUCGAUGGUAUGCAAUUUGUCACCCUUUGAUGUUUAAAAGCACAGCCAAGCGUGCAAGGAACAGCAUUAUAAUUAUCUGGAUUGUGUCCUGCAUCAUAAUGAUUCCUCAGGCUAUUGUUAUGGAGUGCAGCAGCGUGUUCCCAGGAUUAGCCAAUAAAACCACCUUGUUCACAGUGUGUGAUGAACACUGGGGAGGUGAGUGUGUCACUGAUCAUAAAGACUGA